CUCUCUCUUCCCUGAAUUUGUCUUUAAAUUUGGACAUCCAUGUCUCAACUUACGCCACAACUAAGAGAAGAAGAGACUAGAUGGAGAAUUCUUAUGACUGUCCAAAUAAAUCCAAGGAUGUUUCUCUUAAAGAGCUCAGAGACAGGCUUGCAGAGUUCGCUGAAGUGAGAGGAUGGGAUAAAUAUCAUAGUCCAAGGAAUCUCCUACUAGCACUAGUGGGGGAAGUUGGGGAGCUGUCUGAGAUAUUUCAAUGGAAAGGAGAAGUUGCAAAAGGACUGCCCAACUGGACUGCUGAUGACAAGGAACAUUUGGAAGAGGAGCUCUCCGAUGUUCUGCUUUAUCUUGUCCGUCUUGCUGAUGUUUGUGGGCUUGAUCUUGGCCAAGCAGCACUAACUAAGAUAAUCAAGAAUGCCCGCAAAUACCCAGUUGUGAAUCUAAAAACAAAAUCUAACUACAAUUAGGGAUUACUUAGUUUCUGCUACAGCUUCUUAAUUUUUUUUGUUUUUGUUUUGUUUUGAAGAAACUAGUUCCUCUAGUUCAGUCCAUAAUCCAUAUUUUAUCUGGAGCGUGAAUGCUUAGAAACUCCUCUUCUGUUUCGUAGUUGGAUAUGUGAGCUUGAGUUUGUGAGUGACAACGUUCCAUCAACACAUUAAGAGCAGCUAGCGUACGAGUUAGAUGAAACUAAAAACUCUAUUUCUAUUCUUCUUCA